AUGACACCUGAACUCGCAACCGCAGCAGCUGCGCCAUUGCUAGAAAAGCCGGUGUUGACAAUUCACGAUGUUGUCAUGGCAACCCACUUCCCCAAUGAUGUUUUCUCCUACAUCGCAGGGCCAUCACAAGCGUCGUCGUCUCCACCGCCGACGUCCAGCAAUAUCUUCCUCCAGGCGGUGAUCCCUCCCGGCAGGCCAUCACAUGCUCCGCCACCGCCUCCGCCGCCGUCUAGCCAUACCUUCGUCCUGGCGGUGAUCCCUCUCGGUAGUCUACAGACAAACUACACCGUCCACGAGGCUCCGGCUCCUACUCCUCUCCUAUUGCUGCCUGUGCCGCCGCCUUCGUCUGAUGUGUCUCCGGUGAUGGUGCAGGUGGCCGCGCCUCCGUUAUCUGAUGCAGCUCCGAUGCUAGCGCCGCCGUCAUCUUAUGCAUCUCCGGUUAUGGUGCAGGUGCAUUUGUUGGUGGAAGGGGAAGCGGGCGCGGCGCCAGUGUCGGUGUUGGUGGUGGGCGUGGACUUCUCCGCGGUGUCGGUACCGGACAUGGGCGCGGUGGCGGUGGUGGGCGUGGGCGCGGAGGCAAAUGCGCUCCGACGGCGGUGA